AUGACCACCACGCUGCCGCCACUCGCCCAUCUAUGCCAAAGGUGUAGCGUUCUAGAAUUCUACGACUCGGAUAUACCGAGAGCUUUAGAGGAGCAUCCCGGCCUGUUUCGUCUUAAACUGGAUUAUUUUCUCCUGGAUAUACUUCCUAAUUUAUCGUGCCUUGCCGAGUCCUCCUAUGGCGGCUGUGACUUCUGCUCGAUACUGAAAAAUGCCAUCCGGAGAUUUGGGCAAGACUCCUUUGAUCAAGUAUUAGUGUCCAUUUUUUACCAGUGGCACAGGCCUGACGAAAGUAGACUAGCGGUGAGGCUUCGGUCGUUGGUCGCUGAGUUGUUAUGGAUUGGGUAUGAUGAGAAGGGUGAUCAUUCGAGCUUGUCGACGUGGUUACGUUUUGAUAUUGACUCUCCUCCUGGCCCUUGUGCUCAAUGGCUGGGACUUCAGUCGCCCCCUUGGGAUAAAGCUUUAUGCACUGAUAAUCUUGAAAUGAUUUUCAAUAGAUUCGAACGCAGCAACCCUGUACGGAUAUCUCUGAAUGGAGCGACGUACCCAACCCGUUUAAUUGACGUUGGAAUAAAGGGAACAGACUCAUGUCGACUUGUCGAGACAAAAUCAGACCCCAUAUUCAUGCAAUCAUCUGAUAUCCAAUAUGCAACUCUAAGCUAUUGCUGGGGGUCCCCGGAACAGUCCUCUCGGCAAUUCAAGACGGAAACAAGCUCGUUGCAAGAAAGAAUAUGCGGAUUUAGCUUUGACCAAACUUCCCCGAUCCUGCAAGACGCUAUUCGAGUUACGCAGACUCUGGGAAUACGGUAUCUUUGGGUGGAUGCGGUCUGUAUUAUUCAAGACGAUAAACAGGAUUGGUACAGGGAAUCUUCGCAGAUUUCUCUAAUAUUCCAAAAUGCCACCCUGACAAUUUGUACUCCCGCUUCGACGUCUUGUCAGGAAGGAUUCCUCAGUAGGGGCUGGACAAUGACAAGAAUCAAGUUUCGGUCCAGAAUCAACAAGGCCGUAUCUGGAUCCUACACUCUCCGGCUCGUCGGCGAGAUGAACGAUUACUUUCACGCGACUGCUGAUGGACUAUCUCUCGCCCUAACUUAUAGUCAUUGGGCUACGAGAGGGUGGACACUUCAGGAAUAUGAGUUAUCACAGCGGGCACUCAUGUUUACGAGGACCAAGUUACAUGUUAUUACCGAACAUGGCGUUCAAUCAGAAGCAAACGAGACUGUAGAUAUGUCGGAAUGCACUCGUGGAACUAGUUUUCUCCCAGGCAACCUCGAGAAUUAUUCAACAAUGAAGCUUACCCAUCGUUCCGACAAAUUUCCCGCGAUAUCGGGACUUGCUAGUCGAUUAUUCAGUGGGGGAGCGUAUUACGCAGGACAUGUGCUCCCCCAUAUCGACCUGUUUUGGACAUCUGUACUUCCGCUGGUUGAGAACUUGAACUGGGCUAGCCGAAACCAUCCAGUGAGGUUUGAUUUUCUCGAUGUCCGGGCAGAAUGUCGCGUGGAUUUAUUCGGCGGCAUAGAAACAGGAGAUCUCGCUCUUCACGGAACUGUCGUGCCUCUCAUAGCCCACGUGCAGCUACUCGCAAGUGUAGAUGGAAACGGCAAAUUAUGUCGGCUGGUCGAAGAUGGCGAGUAUAUUGCCGACCUCAGCUUCGAUUGGAAUGAGAUUUAUGGCGGAGAGACUUUUGAGGACCUAUUUUUAGUGUUGAUUGGAAGCCGCAACAUUGAAGGUCUCUCUUGGGAACCAAUUAGGCUCGUGUACGAGCAUGAAUUGGUUGACAAGCCGGAAGAGAAGAUAGGCGAAUAUAUAAAUAUUACCGUAGAUAUUACCAUGGCCACGUUCGUCGUUAGGGGACGCCCCAAUGCUGCGAGUCUGCGUAGAGAGCGAGUCAUUCAUAGAGUUCAUUAUCAUCGUGGCCAUGGCAAUGAUAAAGGAGGAGGAAUGAUGCAAGACCAUUUAAUCUACGAUUCGUGUCAAGAUCAUACGGCAGGUACCUAUGCUUACGGUAUCAUCGAUCAACUCGCUCCCGAGCCAGGGAAGUAUUUUCGCGUUGGCGUAUUUCUAUCCGUACCUCGGGAACGCGGCGGCUUGAAAUACUUUCGGGGCAGGCCAAUGGGGACCGUGGAGAUUAUCUAA